AACUUGUAACUUUAUUGUUAAUUUAGUAAUCUAAGCAAUGUUUAGUCAUUUGAUCAAGAUAUAAACACGCAAAAUGGAAGAGGAGGAUCCCGUUGUACAAGAGAUCCCUGUAUACUUAUCUCAAGCGUUGUCGGAACAUUUGUACAUAUACCAAUACCCGGUAAGACCAGCUAAUAGGGAUUGGAAAGAUGUUAAAGUGACCAAUGCCUCUAUCAAGCCGAAGAACCAUCUUGUACGUAUGGAAAUCGGUCUAGACACGUACAGUGACAAAUACUGUCCCUCUAAAGGCGAACAAAUUGCUCUCAACACUGAUGGACCCCAGGAAUCAAGAUACAUAAAAGAUAAAGAAAAAGAGAGAUCUCAGUACUUUAGGAAUGGCAUUAUGGAUAAAAUUGUGUAUGAAAGCAGCACCCCCUGUCUGGAAACACAGCAUUAUGCUGUUGCUGUAUUGCAAGACAAAGAAUUGCAUUGCACUCCUAUUCAAGGUAUAGUUCAACUGAGGCCAUCUUAUUCAUAUUUUGAUAAGCAAGACAAACGAAAGGUGGACAAGAGUAAAGCAGAGAAUUCUGAUGAAGAGGAAAAAGAACCAGAGGCCCAACAGGUGACAGUAAAAUUCGCGCGCGUAGAAACUGAUAUGGCUAAGAAAGCUCGAGAGAAAUCUUACGAGUCUGUGUCACAGCGGAUUGCCAACGAGCCGUGGUAUGAUGCUUUGUGGAAACACUCCGAAACGGACCAUGCUGAGUUGGAGCGUCUGAAACUGUUCAGUGCGACAUCGUCAGACGGCUCAGCACUUACGUUGAAGCCCUCGGAGUAUGUCCGUGCGCUCGUCCCGGCGUCUACCGACGAGGCGGAGAUGGCGCCCGCGACCAAGCCCUCCUUGCAGGACCAGAUCAAGGAAAUAUUGAUUAGUGCUAAGCUAAUGACGUUCAUCGAGCUACGCGGCACAUUACGCGAAGAGGAGAGAUCUGUCAGUGAGUCUGCGCUGCUCACCGCACUAGGCGCCGCGGCUUGUUGUGUGCGGGGGCUGUGGGCGCCGCGCUCCGAGGAGCUGUACACCCGCGCCGCGCCCGUGCCGCCCAGACUCAUGUGUGCCGCGAGAGACCAUGUGCUGUACCUAUUCACGCAACACUCAUACGUCGACCGUCGUAAAAUUGCCGCCGCGGUCCGUUUACCGCCGCAAGAAGUAUUAGAAAUAUUGCGUUCAGUUGCUAAAUAUAACCCAAAAACUGGAUGGGAACUCAUAUUACCUCCUGACACAGCGUUUGAAACAAAAUACCCAGAUGUAGUACAAAGGCAGAACCACUAUUGGGAAGCAAGACAAAGGCAGUUCAAUGAGAUGUUAAUUGGAGAAAAUGCGCCAAAAAGGCAAAGAAAGAAAUCUCAAAGAGAUUCAGUUAGCUCCGAUACAAUGAUGAGUCCUAAACAAAGACAUAACAGUGUCAGUGAAGAAGAUAACGAAAGAAAAAGACAUAAAAAUAAGUCGGCUAGUGGUAGUGGAAAAAGGACUAGAAAUGUUAGUUCAAGCAGUGUUACGGAUGCCACGUGAUUGUAGUGGUUAGAUAGGUUAUCAAAUUGUUUCAUUCUGCAAAUGUUUGUUUUAAUUUAUACCAGUGAGUAAGAAACUAAAGUGAAAAGGCCUCUAUGAAAGAAAAUAUUCACAUUUUUUUUGUAUCAAAGUACAAGACCAAUGGAUAAAGAAAAAUUGUUUGUGUCGAGAGCACUGUCUUCUACCAAACAUGUUGCUUAAUGACCUUCUAGUUAAGAGUGCAAGUUUUUUCUUAAGCUCCAAAAUUAUUAGAUUGCAAUUUGCAUUACAGUUCUUUAAAUUAAAUUAUUAUUUAAAAAUUGUAAUGGUUAACUAAAUAAUAAACAAAAUUUUCAGAAAAUAAUAACUAUCUAUUAACAAAAAAGUUACAACUUCAAUGUAUUACAUUGAUAGUUACAGAAAUACAUAAAAGAUUUUUUUUUUUUUCAUUUUAUCAUUUGCAGAAAAGAGGAAAUUAGGAUAAAGGAAAUAAAUUGUUAAAAUAAAACUAGGUUUAUUAUUAAGAAAUUGUGCUAUUGAUAUUUGUGAAUAAUUAAUAGCUUAAUAAUUUAUUUGCCUGUCUAAAGGUGGGAAUUGUAAAUGAAUUUUAUUAUGAUUUCAAAACUUUUUUAAAUGUUGCAUAAUAUUGUGCAGGUAUGCAUGGCGCUUUAGGGUGCCUAUCCCUAAAGCGCAAUGCAUACCUGCGGAGUCAAGCGGAGCCAAGGCGCAGCUUUUGUUUGAUAACAAUUCAGACUCGGCUUUAUUUACAUUGGCUUAGUUACACAGCGCAUUAUCGCUGAUUCUAUUACACACAAUCUGGCCUAAAUGUUUCGACCUGAAAUUUUAGUUUAGAGAUUGUGUACAGUAUUUAACCACAUUGUCUCCUACUUAUAUAGUUUCAUACCAAUUUCAAACCUAUGUUAGAAUAAAAAAGACUGAUAUUUAAAAAAGGUUUAUUUUAAGUUGCUAUCGAAAAAGUCGCUGCGUUUAGGCUCCAUUCCAUUCUGCAGGUG